UUCCCUCUCCUCCGACCAAACACGUGGAGUCCAGCAGCUUUGAAAAGUAGGCAGUGAGGAAGACAGCUUCUAGAAAGAGAGAUAAAUGUUGGGAGGGAAGUCUGCCGUUGGCUUCCUGGACUGAGCUGCAUGCGCUGCCUGAGUGUUGGGAGUUUCAACAGGAGGCUAUUCGCUUUUCCUGUGUGUAUGUUUUCACUCUGCUCUCACAUCCAUCCAACAACAGGAGCAGGAAUUGGGCUGAAGAAGACUUCUGGAUGCAACUGUGAGAAGAGGACAAGCCAAAAGGAGGGAGAAGAAAAAGUGAUAAAGAGGCGACAGGAGCAGCAGGAGUUGGUUUGAAAAGAGAGGUGGAAGAUAAAAGGAAACAGAGGACCGAAAGAGAGACUCACCUGACCCACCUCUCUGCUCCCUAGGUGGAGCAACCUCCUUCUUUCCCUAUCAUCCCUCCCUCCCCUACCCCUCCCUCCCUGACAUGGACCGCCUGCUGGCCCUGACCCUCGCCUACCUGGCCUACCUGUUGGCCCCCGCAAUCGCCUCAGAGCGCCAGCAGCAUCGUGUGCAGCACGGCCCCUGCAGCUACACCUUCAUCCUCCCCGAGGUGGAGCACUGCCUUCCUUUACAGGACUUCCAGGUCACCAACACUCUCCAGAGGGACUCUCCGCCCGAAGCGGACCAAAAUACAAGCCAGUCCAAGCCAGGCAAGGCCCAGAAGGAAAUACCUUCCUGGCAAGAUAGGAAGCUGGAGAGUCUGGAGAAUGCCAUGGAGAAUAACACCCACUGGCUACAGAAGCUGGAGAACUUCAUACAGGAGAAUGUGCGCUCUGGGAUGGAGGAAAUGAAGAGAACGGCCGUACAUACACAGACAGCCGCCAUGCUCGAGAUGGGAACCAACCUCCUCAGCCAAUCAGCCGAGCAAACACGCAAACUGACAGAUGUUGAGACUCAGGUGUUGAAUCAGACAAGUCGCCUGGAGAUUCAGCUGCUCGAGUACUCGCUCUUUACUAACAGGCUGGAGAAACAUAUUCUCCUGCAGACGCAAGAGAUCUCACGCCUCAGCGACAAAAACAGUUUCCUGGAACAGAGGCUCUUAGCGCUGGAGGCUCGGUAUGGAAGGGAGCUGCAGGGCAUGCAAAGCGAAAAGCAACAGCUUCAAGAGCUUCUGGAGAGGCAGAGUCGAAUGGUCAGUCAGCUGCAGGGGGAACUGGGCAGCUCCAUGCUUAACAGCACCCUGCUACAGAGACAGCAGGCAGUGCUCACGGACACUGUUCAGCAGCUGCUGGCUAUGGUCAACCACUGCAAUGAAAUCUCCAAUACACCAAAAGAAGAGCCACUUAGCUUCAGAGACUGUGCUGAAAUCCUGCAAUCAGGUGUUACAGAGAGUGGAACAUAUAGCAUACGCCUUCCCAACUCCACACGGACUGUCAAGGUGUUCUGUGAUAUGAAGACCAGAGGUGGCGGGUGGACUGUGCUGCAGCAUCGGAGGAACGGCUCGGUUGACUUCCAUCGUGGGUGGAGGGACUACAAAGUGGGCUUUGGAGAUCCAUCUGGGGAGCAUUGGCUGGGAAAUGAUAUCAUCCACAAACUGACCAGCUCCCAAGAAUACAGUCUGCAUGUCCAGCUGCAAGACAGGGAGGGGAAUGAAGCGUUCUCACAUUACGACCGCUUCUACAUAGACGGCGAGGACAACAACUUCAGCCUCCAUGCCGAAGGCUUCAGUGGCACAGCUGGACGAGCCAGCAGCCUCACCCACACCGGCACCCAGUUCAGCACCAAGGACAGGGACAACGACCGUUGCACCUGCAAAUGCGCCCAGCUCGCAUCAGGAGGUUGGUGGUUUGAAGCGUGCGGUCCAUCCAACCUGAAUGGCAUAUAUUACCCCGGCUCAUCCAGUGUGGUCCGCUACAAUGGCGUAAAGUGGUACUACUGGAAGGGACCAAACCUGAUGGCUACCAUGACAACUAUGAUGGUUCGCCCGGCCAGCUUCUGAUGCCUCGAGCUCAUCCAGGAUUGUGAAAUUAUGAAGUGAAUGUAACACCUGAUCAAUAAAACGAACAAUAUCCAGGAAAUAUUGUAAUUUGAGAUGAAGUUCAUCACCAGACUUUUUUUCAGUUUCGGGACAUCUAAGAGGGUGCUGUUGAUGUUGACUGGGGACACGUACUGUACAGACUCUCAGCAAAUGACUGUGGUUUUUAAGUGAACUCUUGAGUGAGAAAUUUUUCUAAAAUUAUCUACAGAGAAGCCUGGACUAUAUUUCAUAAAGGGUUUUUUUUUUCAAGCCAAGGGAGGAUGGCAGAAGAUGAUAACUGUUUUGCUAUAGAAAACAUAAACACAACCAAGUACAUUAAAUUACCCUGAUGUGUAUUAGCAAUUACACUACCAAAUUUGAAAUUCAAUAAUUAAACAGACAAUGACAGAAACUUUACCUAUUUUAUAUAACAUUGUGUGCAUUCGACUUUUAUAUUUUUUAUUCUCAGUACUUUAUUAAUGUGAAUCUUGGAACAUGUGAUAAUAUGAUAAUUGUAUGAUACAUCUUGAUCAUUUUAAAACGCAAUGCUCUGAUUGUAACGUGUUGAAACACCAGACUGUUAAACAUCUGCAUUUGUUUAAAGCUAUUCAUAAAUCCAUACACAAUAAUACCAUAAGAUAACCCACAGUCACUUCAAUGGUUUACCACACGUCAUAAAACAACACCAUAAACAACAGCAACAACAGGCUUUGCCCUCUGCUGUUUCUUCCACAGUACUUUUGAGACUGAAAUAUCCCAGAUUCUGUCCAGGCACACCUCUCAUAAAACUUUAUUUGUGAGAGUUUUUUCUCGUAAAAAUACAUCAUGUACUUAUGCUUAUGUCAUCUCCUUUGAAACAUUUUUUUUAUUUUUAAAACAUCUGGUAACAAAAGCUGUAAAUCCAAUUUUUGCUUUGUUAAAACAAUAAAAUCAUACACAUUCUUCUCA